UGUGGCUGCUUCUGUGUGAGUGUGUGAGGGAAGGGAGGCAGGGAGAGGGUUGGGGUUUGCAUUGUAGGUCGACGAGUGAACUAUAUAAAGUGUCCACUGGCUUAGAGAGGAGCAGGAGAAGACACAAGACUGACCGACAGAAGCGUCUGAAUGGGCUGCAAGUGAAUGAGGAAAACCAAGCGGGAGUUGCAUCAUCUUAAGACCAGAGGUGGAACUCAUCUGUGCAGCUCACACAAAAAGAAAAAAAAAAACCCAACAAAAGCUUCCUUCCAGACGAGUUUCAGGGAAAAAAAGCGAAGAUGCUCUGGAGAUUGACUCUUGCCUUGGCCGUGGUGUGCAACUGUGUGAAGGCUGACGUGAUGAGCAGGCUGAUCCUGCCCAGGGACUAUGGGGUGAAACUGUGCGGCAGGGAGUUUAUCAGAGCGGUCAUUUUCACCUGCGGCGGCUCCCGGUGGAAACGGUCUGCGGAGGGCGACCUGGAUCCUUACCAGUGGAGCUCUCUCAGCGAGGUUACAGAGCAGGACAACCAGCAGGUGUGGCGACGUGCAGCAGACCUCACAGACGGCCGCUCCUCCCUCCACGUCGCCUCCUCUCACUCCCUUUCGGACCUCCUGGCUCUUUACCGGGCCGCGGGAGACGUUCAGCAGCCGAGUGUCUCGGACCCGACGGGGGACUCGCAGCAAUCUGCAGUUUUAGGCGAGCGAGAGGGUGGAGCUCCUGACUGGCUCGUAGGGAGCAGGAAGAAGAGGAACUUUUCUCUAGGAGUGGCGGGCAUGUGCUGUAGCCAGGGCUGCACCAAGAACGACAUCGGACGCUUGUGCUGAGGAAGGGAGGGGAGGAAGGAAUGAUGGUGUCGUAGCGUGAAGCCGGCGUGAUGUCGAAAGAAAGAAAGAGUUCACAUCUCACAUCACUCCGGCUUCACGCCUCGCAGUCACGCUUCAUUCAUUCUCCUCAGUUAUUUGUUAUUUUGUUUUAAAAGAAUUCAAGUCGUGUGUGUGUGUGUGUGCUGUAUGUCCCCCUGUCCUCCAAUAAAUUUUAAAUACUGUGUUACUAUGAA